AUGUUGAUCCCAAGUAUGUUCAUAUUCUGUCCCACCGGUGAGCCCCUUCUUGAACAGUCGAGCCGGCGCGGAGCCGUCCACUGGGUCACUGUCACUUUUACUUCGGAGGAGCAGAAACUGGCCGAUGUCUUUCUGAUGGAAAUCAUAGAAAAGGCCUGUCGCAACGGACGGGCGAUGAUCGCCUUGUCCCCUAUGCAUCACGAUGGUCUUAACUGUCUGUCCCUCCCUGUUUACGGUGCUAACCUUUCUGAUGCGGAGAUCCUUUCCUUUGCCUCACACAAUGCUUGGCUGAGGUACAAGGAUAUCUUGGAUGGCUUGGUUCGUAUUGACCGGGACCGUAUUUUUGGUAGUUGA